AUGCAGAGCAUCCUGAUGAAGAGUGCAGGAAAGAAGAAAUCCAAGUUUAAAGCCUUCAAAAGCUUCUUUGGCAAAAAGAAGAGAAAGGAGCCUGAGGACCCUCAGGGAGGGGGGUGGCUAACACCAAGCCUGUCCAGUGGGAAUAUUGACAUCUCUUCUCUGAAGCCAAUUCCAGCUGAUCAACUACCUGAGAUCAGGUCCAAGAGCAACAUGGGGACCAAAGCCUUAUCCCAUGAAAGCAUCUUCAUGUUGGAGCCGGAACGUGAAAGAUCAGCAAGUAAGAAGAGCUCCUCUCCAGAUGUCCAGAGAGGCAGAACUCGGCAGAGCUCCUCUGAGACAUCAUCUGAACUUACUCGCUCACCAUCCUUGACCAGCAGCCAGCUGUCCAUUGGUUUCAGCACCCCAGCCACCUCUAAGGGCUGUUUGGAUUCUUCAGCUGCUCGGCACAAGAUGGCUUUAAACCCCCGGAAACAAAAGAUCAAGAUGAACCUUAAAGCGACUGUGAAAUCAAAGCAGGAGGAGGAGCCAGGCCUACCACUGGCUUCUGAAGAAAUGAAGAGUACAAAGCCACCCAAAGAAACUGACCAAAAGAAGCGGAAUAAAGCAGGUCCCUCAAGCCAGCUACAGAGCAACAAAGCUGAGAUUUCUGAUACAAAGACAGCAGAUCAGGCUUCAAGCACUGCUACUGCUGGGAGUCAGGGCUACCCAGUACCAACAGCACCUGGGAGAAAACGUGGCAGGAAAGGAUAUAGUAUUUCAAGAAGGGGUGAGGGUGGGCCCAGAGGAAGAAGCCUUAAAAAAUCCAGCCGAAGUCAUGAUCUAAAAGAUAGAUCUGAGCCCCCAUCUACUAAGACGAUUGCCAAGGAUUCCCCUGUCUGGCACUUGCCAUUGGAGAAGCAAGUUAGGGAGCGAUCCACGACUCCACAAGCCGACCCAGCUACCCCUCAGGAGUUGCUUUCAGUUAAAAAGGGCACAAGAAAGAUCUGUGGGAGCACAGAUGAAGCCAGAAAAAUACCAGUACCACAACCCAUAGCUGAAGACAUGCCAGAGACCAUGGUUAAGGUUUCUGGGACCAAGAAGAGAGAAGACAGAUCUUCUCUUUCAUCUGUAGUGAAAGGUUCUACAACCCGAGGAGAGGCCUUCCCCUCAGUGAGAGCUAGGGACCAGGCAUGUAUGGAUCCUUCUCAUAUCCAGUCAGAAGGGAAAGCAGCUUCCAGCCUUGAUUCACAAAAUGCCCAAUUUAAAGGGGAGUCAACCAAGGAUACCCCAAGUCUCAUCAAACACAAGUCUCCCAGACAUGUGCUCCAGGCCUUUAUAGCAGGUGCUGCUGAGAGACUGCCUCCCAUAAGCAGUCCCGAGGAUUUGGAGAGGCCUGAAGAUUGUCCACAAGUCUCAGAUACAGUGAGUACUUCAGAGGAGGAGAGUGGUUCUGAGGAUCAGCUGGCUGCUGAACAUUCUUUCCAGUCAUUGAAGAAACCUGAGGAUGAACAAGAAGUCUCCUCAGAACCGAAAAGUUUAGUUGUGAAAUUGAGCAGUUCUGGCAAGCCGGUGGCUCCCAGACACUCAUUACAUGCCUUGGGAAAGCCUGAAGAUGAACAAGAAAUCUUCUCAGAAUCCGAGAAUACUUCAGAGGAGGGAAGCAGUUCUGAUGAGCAGCUGGCUACUGGAUACUCUUCCCAGUCCUUGGAAAAGCCUAAAGAUGGGCAAGACGUCUUCCCAGAAUCAAAACUUUUUGUUGAAGGAGCAAGCAUUUCUGAGAGGCAUCUGAUUCCCAGAUGCUCUCCCCAGGCUUGGGGAGAACCCGAAAAUGAAGAAGUCUCCACAGGAUCCAAUAGUUAUGUUGAAAAGUACAAUAGUGCUGAGGAUUGGAGCAGUUCUGAGGAAGACCUGUCUCCCAGCCUCCCUUCCCAGACCUGGGGAGAGCCUGAAGACGAACAAGAGGACACUCGUGAGGAGCAGCAGUCACCUGAAUACUCUCCUCAGCCCUUCAAGAGGCCAGUUGUUCAGCAGCAAAUCUCCUCAGAUUCAACUUCUACAGAAUUUAGUGGUUCUAUGGAACCAGUGUCUUCCAGAUACCCUUUCCAGCCAUGGGCUCCUGCCUUUGAGCAACAAGUCUCUGUAGGGUCAGAGGGCACUGAUGUUAACUGGGACAUGCCUAUGAAGUCCCCGCCUUCCAGAGUCCUUUCUAAGCAUUCAACAAAGCCUAAAGUUGGGCAAGAAGCCUUCUCAGAUCCAGAGAGUACUACUGUUGAGGGGAUUCCUUUUAUGGAGCCUAGGCCUCUUGGACAUUCUCAGCGUGUAGUGAAAGCAGUCCUUGAGCAAGAAAUCUCCGUUGGUCCAGAAAUCACUACUGCUGAUGGAAACAUUCCUAGGCAUGCACUGUCAACCAGAUGUCCUGCCCAGCCUUUGGUGAGACCAGUAGUUGAACAAGAUGUCUCCUCAAGUGCAGAGAGUACCGAAGUUUCUAUGGAACUGCUGCCUCCCAGACGCACUGUACAGCCACGGGUUGGCCCCAAAGCCAAGCAACAAGUCUCUUCAUUUCCAGAAAGCACCGGAAGCAUUUCUGUGGAGCAGCUGCCUUCCAAACGUACUUCCCAGCCCUUGAUGAACCUUAAUGUUGAAGAAAACGUGUUCUCAGGUUCUGAGGGUGUUGCUGCUGAGAGGAUCAUUUCUAUGGAGCCAGUGCGCCCCAAAUAUCCUUCCAAGUCCUUGACAAAUCCUAAAGUCAAGAAAGUCUUUUCAGGGAGCACUCCUGUUAAGGAGCUGCUGCCUCCUGGAAGCCCUUACCAGCCCUCGAUGAGGCCUGAAUUCCAGCCACGGAUCAUAAGCCUAGAUUCAAUGAGUGCCUCUGCAGAACGGAGAGGUUCUGUGGAGCCGCUCCUUCCCAAGCGCCCUUUCGAGUCAUGGGCGAAGCCUAAAUUCGAGCAAGAAGCCUCUGCAGAUUCAGAGAGUACUCCUUUUGAGGGAGGCUUUUCUAGGGAGUUGUCACCUUCCAAACAUCCUUCUCAGACCCAGAUGAAACCAAAAGUCAAGCAAAACAUCGCCUCAGGUUCAAAAUGGAGCGAUUCUGUGGAGCCAAUAGCUCCCAAAUCCCAUCCCCAGCCAUGGCUGAACCCUAAAAUUGAGCAGCAAGUAUCUACAGGUCCAGAGAGCGAUUGUGAGAGGGCUGUGUCUCUGGAGCUGCUGGCUCCCAAGCAGCCACCCCGGUCCAUUGUGAGGCAUAAAGUCCAGCAAAUUUCCUCAAGUUUUGAGAGUGCUGCUGUUGAGGGGGCUAAUUCUGGAAAGCCACUGCCUCUCAGGUAUCCUGCCCAGUGUUUAUCGAAGUCUAAAGUCCAGGAAAUGUCCUCACGUCUGGAGAAUACUGUUGUGGAAGGAGGCACUCCUAAGAAAUCAACGCUUUCUAAGAGUCCUUCCAAGUCGUAUGUGAAGUUUAUAGCAGAGCAAGUCUUUUCAGGUUCAGAGAGCCCAGCUGCUGAGGGGUAUCCUUGUGUGGAUCCUCUACCCCCAAAUUAUCCUUCCAAAUCUAUGGUGCAGGCUCCAGUUGAGCGCCAAGUGUGCUCAGGUUCUGAUAAAGCUGAUAUUGAGGCAGGCAUUUCUGGGAAGGUGAUGCCUACGAAGUUUCCUUUGCAGAAGAAGCCUGAAGACCAACACAAAGUUUUCUCAGGCUCAGAGAAUACUCCAGAGAAGACCAGCUCUCACAAACAGCCACCUUCCAGACGUCCUUUCCAAGCCGCAGAAUUCCCGCCACAGAGUUCCCCAAUGGGCUCAGUGAGUGUACCUGUUGAACGGAGCAGUCCUGAAAAGAAACUGCCUCCCAAACACCCUGCCCAAGCUCUUGGAGAUCCGGAAGAAAAACGAAAGGUUUAUUCACAUUCCAUGAGUGCUACUGCCGAGGGAACCAUUUCUGAGAGUGACCCUGGCAGCGGCUCCUUACCAAGAGCCUCAAUUUCUCCAAACAAAACCAAGAAAUACAGCCAAGGCUCCGAAGACCUCAAGUACAUCUCAUCCUUUACUAACAAACCCGUGAAAUCCACCAUUGCUCCUGCUCCUGGAGUCCUUUCCCCUAAGAAAGAAGUUCUUAAGAAAGACGAUGAGAAUCCCAAGCAUGCAGGCUCAUCUCCCAAUGUUGAAAAUCUUUUUGGAGUGAAGCUGAGAAGAAUCCCAUCCUCACAGCACAAGAGUGAGAAACAAGGUGAUUUAACCAAACUUCCUACAAGCCCCUUGGGUCCAACUUCAUCAACCAUAGAGAGAAAGCAGCAAGUUAAAAGAAAUGCCUCACAGGGGAACUUGGGCACCUCAGAGAACCUCACCAAAAUAUCUAAUCUGGCAGAGAAGCAGCAGGUGGGACCCAAAUCUGACGAUAUAAGCAAGAAGCAGCCAACUCACAAGAUCACAGGAAAGGCUCCUGGGCAGCAGCUGGAUUCUACCACCUCAGAGCUGCCUCAGACAAGCAUGGUAAAGCAAAGGCAGAAGACUUUCCAGAGCUACAUUCCUGUGAAAGAAGUUAACAUCAAGAAGGGAACUGGAGCCAGGGCUGAGAUUAAGGAGCCUCAGUUUGGGAGAGUUAACCCCGCAAAUGAAGGUCAACAGAAGACUUUUGUCUCCAAUGUCCAGAGACAGGAGAAGAUGGCACCAAUAAAGACACCUAAACCUACCAAAUCCCUGGGUACUGAAGAUCACAAGAUGGUUCAAGUGCCUGCCAAGGAAAAAGAAACCAGGAAAUCUGCAAGUCUCCCAGCAGCACCUGAAGAGCCAGUUGAGUCGGAAGAACCAGUUUGGUUCUCCAUGGCCAAGAAAAAAGCCAAAGCAUGGAGCCAUAUAGCCGAGAUCAUGUAA